AUGAUGGACUUCCAAGUCACUGUCGCACCACCUUCAAAGCCACGUGAGAAUCCAUUCGGCUCCAUCUUCCGUUCGAAGAGACAGGCCGGUCUUCCUUCUUACUGCCAGUGCACGACUCCAACGGUCAACUGCCCACCUGGACCACCUGGACCUCCUGGACGACCUGGAGCACCUGGACAGCCCGGAUCACCUGGCCAACCUGGUAACGACGCCACCACUACUUACGCUCCAAUCAAU